AUGCUUUACCAGCACUGUACCUACAGGGUGGGACACGCGGAUGCUCUGAGGGCCAGGGCCGUGGAGAUACCGUGCAGAGGUCUGAAGGUUUCCAUGGUCAUCGUCCGUCCAGACGACCCGGACGGACUCGCUCUUCUCCAGGAGAGACUGACACCGGCCAGACUCUGCGAGCUUCUGUCUAGCCUCAAAAUGGUCAUGAACGUGGAAUUGAGCCUUCCCAAGUUUAAACUCGAUACAGGCAUACUGCUGAAGGACAGCCUCGUUGCCCUAGGCGCAAAGGAGGUGUUCGCUCCUGGCUACGCUGACCUGUCGGGUGUAUUUGAGAUUGGGCGGCCGGCGGUCGCUAAUGUAGUUCACAAGACGUUCGUGGAGGUCGAGGAGGGAGGCAUGGACACAGUUUGUUGGAGCGCCACGACGACUCCCAUGUGGUGUGCAACGAUGCCCCUUUACUCAACACGCUUUUUCGUCGACCAUCCAUUAAUGUUCCUUAUCAAGUGCAACGAACCGGACGUGAUAAUUUGUCUGGGUUUGGUGCGGAGACGGUGA